UUUGUCAUAGGUUAGUAAACAACGCCUAGGUAACAGCUAGAUCUAGGUGUUGUUUCCAGUAGAGGCCCUAAACUGAAGUCUAUCUAAACAUUCAGCGAAACAUUCGUACUUUUACUUCAUUUUCGCCAAAAAGCUUUUACUUUAUAAUAAUAAUUUUUUUUUUUUACUAUUUUUAAAUUAACUCGACACAUUUUAAACAAGAAAGAGAAAUAUUUGUGUGCACUAGAUCUAGUUCGAAUAGUAUUGCUCAUAACAACAGUUGCAAUACAGCCUCCUUUGACUUUAGACUGUCAUCUCACACACACACACACACAACCGCUGACAUCGAUUUGUUGUGCGAUAUUGCGCUGCGCCGCUAAUUGAGCGAUUUUCCAGCGUCUCCGAGAGAGUUAGAAGCAACGCAUUGAGUUUUACCGCCUCCCAGAUUAAUCUCUAGUCUUCAAAAAGUCUCCUAACAGAAGGAAUUGAUAAAAGAAACUAGAAAAGAGCGCCAAAACAAAAGAAAAUGAAGACGUCUGCUGGUUGGAUUUGAUAGUCAUCUCCUCGGUUCUGAUUUCUAAUUUCCUGGAGUAAUCGGGAUGAUUAAAGUCUCUUUAAAAAAGGACCAAAAUUAAAAAGAGCUUAAAUAAUAUACACAUUAAAUAGUAAUAGGAAGGGAAACAACUCUGCCAUAAGUAAAAUGUUUGCAAUAUUUCAAUUUACCUCCCCUUAUGGCAGUUUGCUCUGCAUCGUUAUAGCACUAACUUCACUGACUCUACACACUUUAUCGGGGCAACCACCAACGAGGAAAAACAUUUUAUCUAUACAGUCAAUAAAAAGAUGUCUACACAACGAGAUAUAUCCCGACAAUCUUUCUGUAACACAUGUCAGGCCUCCUUCCGGGAUUUCCCAAACGACGCCCAGAGACUGCCGAAGCGUUUUCAGACACCUUCUGAUGAGUUAUCGCUCUUACGUUUCAGCGAAACCAUCUCUCCAGAGUUCUCCACCAUUACGAUACGACGUCCAUAGUGAAACACAGAUUCCUAACUUCCACAUCCCUGUGGAUCUACUGCACUUCUUUUUAGGCUUUGGUUUGAGUCCCGAUGACGUCGUCCAGCUGAGGAUGACCAGCAUGUGGACAAUGUUCAAUGAUAUCAUGAGAAGCGGCGAAAGGCGUCAGCAAACAGUUCAACCCUUGGAAGCCAACGGCGAAGGUUUUUCGGAACAUGUUUUCUGGGAUACGCCUUUGAAACGAAAGCAUUCUACGACUAUGGUUCCCGUGAUUCCGUCAAGUUUCUUAGCCAAAAACAGAAGGAAGAGAGACGUCGAACACAGCGUUGAAAGCUCGGGGGACUUUGAGAUAAAAAGACGCGACCUGCAACUGACCAGCGGCGCCCAGAAAAGGGCGUACGGCUCGUGGUACGACGUCAUCCGCCAGAGGCGGCACCAGGUUCUGUCAGUGAACAACGCCCUGGCCACCCUAUCCGACAUGCUGCUGGAGCACCGCAGAAACAGAUUGUUGAGGAAUCGAGAGAGGUUACGUUACUACAUGAUGAGAGAGGGUUAAGGCGCACAAGGCUCCCUACGCCACACACAGCACAGUGAUACAGCAGCCCUAACAACGGAGGCGUAUAACGUCUUCUGAUUGCUAAAACUUUAACAAACUGAAUAGUCGGAUGAAGGUUUCUUUUUCUUUUCUGAACAGGAUUCUAGUAUCACAAGAAAUAACAACGAAAUUUAAAUUGUUCUCUUCAUCAUUCAAAAAGAAACUUAUUGUUAUGAAUAUGACAUUUUAUCUCUACAAAAUUAUGAUAGUAAAAUGAGUAUAAAUUAUCUAAUUUUAUACACACCUGAAAUACACGAUA